AUGGAUGAACAUCGCACCGUUGCUCUACACUAUGGGCACGUGGGGAGAGCCACCUAUUUACCAGAGACGCGGUCCUGGACCUUUACUCGCCAAUUCAGACAGCCUCCGCUACUCGUCGAUACUGGGAACACACGAACAACGGUACUCUCGCCUGUGAAACCAGCUCAACCACAACAGCACAUCAACCCUCGUCUAGCCUCAGAACAUAACCUAAUCCCCAAAACGCUCCCUGAGUUUGCAGCAAACUGGUCCUCGCUCUGGAAUGAUACGCUUUCGAGAACAAUCACAAAUACCGCUGAGCGUUACGACCCACUGGUCUCUACACUCCUUGCUUUGGGAGAAGCGAAAAUUACAGACCAAGCGUCGCGCAUUCGCAUGGAAGUUGUCGCAGCAGUGACCGGAGAGUGCGGGAACACAAUUUCAUUUCGAACCCUGGGAAAACAUGUUGACACGCUAGAUCAGGAUGUAUCUCCAUUGAUCGUUCCUUCCAUUGCUGAUGAUUCCAUUGGUGAUGAGGAAGUCACUGAAUGGUCGAGACACGGGGCUCCUAUUCAACAGAUCUGCUUUUCACGAUCACUGGAGAAGUCUUGUUGGAUGGCUGCCCGUCUACCUCAAUCAACUGUGAUUUUCCGCCCCCGCUAUUAUCGACGUACAACACAUCCGGUGUACAUGCCAGAGGAUGAUCUUGCAACAUGCGCUGCAAAGCCGCGAAAUUCUACCCUGGACCCAAACCCAGUGGUGGAGAUACUAAUCACACAUACCGGCAAUUUACCGCAUGCCGACGUGACAUUCAACCCUUGGUAUCCUCGUCAAUUCGCCAUUAUCGACAUCCAGGGGAACUGGAGUACGUGGGAAGUUUAUGAAAGUCCAAGCUGGCCUGCCCGCUGUCUCAAGAGAGGAUCGUUGCCAUGGAUGGACGGCUCCCAUAAAACUCAAACCCCAGAUGGUCCUCGCUACGAUGGCUGGGCAUCUAUUGAGUGGAUUGCAGACUAUUCGACCAUAGUGGUAUCCGACCGGCGCCAUGUUAUGCUUUAUAGUAUUGGGGGGAAACAGAUCCGAUCCACUUCAGUUGAAUUGGACUUGUUUAAGAAAUCAGAGUGGGUUCUUGAUGUGCAGAGAAGCCCUCAGAACCUAUCCCACUUCUUUGUUCUCACAACCACCCGCCUAUUCUGGUUCGACCUCGCAACGGCGCCUUUCAACGAGACGGGAGUGCGGCCACCAUUGUUCCCCCGUUUGACCUGGCGUCAUUUCCGGGAUCCCGAGGACACAACGUUGCGCUUCAGCGAUCUGCAAAUGAAUGGCAAUCUGUAUCUUAUCCUUUACUCUCGUCUUUCCUCCAUUGUACAGAUUUUUCAAGCUCCUUCUCUCGAUGAAGAGACAAAUACUUUUUCCAUUCCCGACGUCGUCCGACUCGAUGUUCCAUCUGCUGCAGGAACUUCUCCUCUCGGAGCGAGCUCACGUUACUCGACAUUCGUUUUUCGGCAAGUCAACUAUAUGGUUGCUCCGGUGCAAAGCCCGGAAGUCGCAAAGUACAGGAACGACUUAACUCUCGUUAAGGUAUUCUGGACCGAUACGUCGUCGUCUUCGGCUGUCCACGAAGCAUUAUUCAGGGGUCCAAACAUCAAAGCAGACAAGUAUGACGUGACUUACCUCCCAGUUCGCGAAGGCAAUUUCCUGUGCCUGAGGUCGAUGGUGCACCCUCAUCGUAUGCCCAAAAGUGAGGUUGAAGGCGAUGAUUUCGUGGUUGGUGACUGGGAUGAGUCUACACACGCUCCCCCGCGUACCGGAAACUGGCAGCGCGGCGCAGUCUGGCGCAAUAGCCACGCAGGUGCCGAUGACCAGUUCCAAAGGACCAUGGACUGGAGACCUCUCUAUGACAUUGUACUGGUACGUUUAAAUGGCGAUGCAAACCAGGGUGCAUCUAAAGAGAUUCAACCUCGAAAUACUCUCAGCAGAAUGGUUGAAGAGCUUGCCAACAAGACACUCAAGACACUUGCAGACUGGUACGUGAGUGAGACAAUGGUUGAGCUGUGUACAGCUCGAUCUGUACUGGAUGAUAUCGACGAGGGGGCUCAGGAUCUCGCGCGGCUGGUUUCUACCGCUUUGCCCAAGUCUCCGGAUCCCAAGGCCGAAUAUCGGUUCAUGAUUCUACCUCUUCAUUUCUCUAAGCUGUUCCAUGGCAUGCCCAUCAUCCAACCAGGGAGACAUUCGGAUAUGGAUUACUUGGGAAUCUAUGAGCAGCUAGUUGCAGACUGGGUGACUAGUCUUCCCCAUGGUCCGGAUGGCAUACACAGCCAAACCCGUGUGUUCAAAGAGAAAAUGAUUCGUGGAAUUGCGCUCGAUCUCUUUUUGGCACGCCUUGUCCGAAUUUCAAACACGCCUGGUGUUGGGAAUCUGCCCCAGGCCACUGAAUUGCUGGCUCAGGAUCAAUUGGCACCGACGCCCGCCACCUUAUCGCAAGACACCGUGACCUCAUUGCUGUCCUCGCAGCCUCCUAGCAGUCAAAUCGCACCCAACCAGAGAACGCCGACACCGCAGAGCCGCUCUCGGGCAUCUUCAGCUGGGACAUCGGACGACAAACCCUACAGCAGCCUCGCAGCGUUCACAACGUUUCAAGAGCAACGCCCGCUGCCCCGGAAAGUAGCCAAUCUACUCUCCGAAUGGCAGCCUGGUGUUGACCCGUCGACCUACGAAUGGCAGAAGACAUCGGAGAUGCUGGAGAACGAGGAAUUCAAACGGGCUUCACGCUCCGCCACGCCUAGUCAGCGAUUGCGUCGGAAACGAUCACGCUCCCAGUCAGUCGCUGGUUCACAAGCCUUAGGCCUGUCCCCGGCCCCCGCUGCGCCUAUACUCCGGACAUGGGGCAGUCAGCCCGAUAAUGCGCCUUCACUGCCGUUUACCAGCAGUCAGCCGACAGUGGACGAAACACCCAUGACCCAGGCUGAGCGGGGCCAGUUUGGUGCGCGCGAGGGCAGCAAGGCCCUGAAGGCAAAAAAGAAGCGGCGAGCAGCCGGGUUUUAG